AUGGCCCCCAAGAUUGAGGCCCAAGAGGUCGAGACGUACUGGAAUAUAUUCUCUUCAAGGACUGGAGGUGGAAAGUACCUCACGGGAGAGCAGGCUGCCCCCGUCCUGAAGAACAGUGGACUGCGUGACGACCAGCUCGAGCGCGUGUGGGAUCUAGCAGACGUGGACAAUGAUGGAAAUCUCGACUUCGAGGAGUUUUGUGUGGGAAUGAGGAUAAUCUUUGACAUACUCAACGGGGAGUAUGUCGAUGUUCCACCCGUCAUCCCCGACUGGCUGGUACCGGAGUCAAAGGCCCAUCUGGUUCAGGCCAGCCGGGCUAUCACAGGGAAACAGACGCAGUUUGAGCGGGUCGAGGACGAAUCGGAUGACCAGGGCCUCAAGGAUGGCUUCGACUGGUACAUGAAGCCUGAGGACAAGGCCAACUACGACCAGAUCUACCAGGAGAACCGGGACAUGCGUGGAGAGAUCUCUUUCGCCGCCCUAGAGGGCUUAUACGAGUCCCUCGACGUUCCCGACACGGACAUCCGGUCGGCGUGGAACCUGAUUAACCCCUCGGCGUCGUCAACCAUCAACAAGGACGCGUGCCUGGCCUUCCUGCACAUCCUCAACAACCGGCACGACGGGUACCGCAUCCCGCGGUCGGUGCCGGCGUCGCUACGCUCCAGCUUCGAGCGCAACCAGAUCGACUACCAGAUCGACAACCAGCGGACGUCGCGCUGGGCCACAAAGGCCGACGACUCGACGAGUACGGGGCGCAAGACCAAGUUCGGCGAGCAGUACCUCACGCGCCUGGGCCGCAGCGGCUUCAAGACGGCCGGCACCGACUUCUCCACCGAGAAGACCGAGGACUGGGAAGAAGUCCGCCUCAAGCGCCGCCUACAGGACCUCGAGGACAAGAUGCGCAAGGUAGAGGAGAUAGCUGAGCGCAGAAAGGGCGGCGCCAAGCGCGACACCAAGCCCGCCCUCGUCAAGAAGGAGCUUGACCAGCUCCUCGACUACAAGCGCCGCCAGCUGCGCGAGCUCGAGGACGACUCCGGCGCCGACUCUGGCGGCGGUAACCUCAAGACCAUCUCGGACGAUCUCCAGACCGUGCGCGAGCAGGUCGACGGCCUCGAGGCCCAUCUCGCAUCACGGAACCAGGUUCUCCAGGAGAUUCGACAUGAGAUUGAGGUAGCAAAGUCUAGCUGA